AUGAAGUGCAGCCACCGGCCGGCGUGCUUCAACCCAGCCUGGCUUCGCUUGCGAUUUGGGACCUGCGGUUUAGGAGCAGAAAGUGUGAGGCCAGUUUUGUGGUACCGGAAAGUGGUUCUUGCUGCUUUGAUGAGCAGAGCCCCUCCAAGCCCUCGCCUUGGGCCAGAUGCACUUGCUGUUGAACCAGCAAGACGUCCCUGGCCCCAGAAACCACCCAGCUCAAUAGCAGAGCCAGCCUACCGCUGCCUGCCUGUGGCCGACGAACCCACCUCCCCGAAGAAGGCGAAGAGCAUCCCCGAGCGCCAUGACUUGGAGAGCUGGUUCUCACCCUCUUCCCCUGAGUGGGCCACCGUGAGGGUCAUCCCUGAAGAGGAGAUGACGGAGCACAACCUUCUCGCUAUCCGAGUCAUGGUCACCAGUGAUGCAAGCAGGUACUUUAAGAUACAAGUGGAUUAUGGCAUUGCAGAUGCUGCUGUUUCCCUUUCUUCAUCUUGCUCUGAGGUGGAGUCUGAUUUUUAUGGCGACUCGUCGAACGCUGAAGUGAGUGAAGGACAGACCUUACUGCUGGAGCCCCCCACCUGCCGGAGCCCCAUCCGGAGGUGGGCAUCGCUUGCCAGGAGCUCUGUGGCACCAGAGGAAAGCCCCAAAACAUCUAAAGUUGCCGAUGGUUUCCCUCUACUGUCCAGCAAGAAACCUGGGCUACACUGGAAGGACAGCUCAGCCAGCUGUCAAAGUGGUCCUGGAGAGGAUCACUCCCAAACACAGAGCAGCACUAGAAGUUCUCCACGGACCCCCCCUGGGAAUGGGACGCUGGCUGCUGAUUUUUAUGAGGCUGAAGAUAUAGAUGGUGACAUUGGGACAUACACAGCCCAGGGCUGGAAGGAAAAAAACCUGAAAUAUACCUCUGAACCAGAAGAUUUUAACUGGAAGACAAAAGUGCUGUCAUCUCUGGAUUUGAAAGAGAAAGAUGGCAAAAAUACAAGGCACCAAGAAGAAAAGCUUGAGCAAGAAUUAAAGGAGGCAAAAAAGAGGCUGGUGCUUUGUACUCAACAGCAACCCUUGUUGUAUGAUUCAAACAGGACGGACUUAGGUGGAACCAGUCCAGGGUAUCAAAACAAAGGAGCGCUGGGGACUUCAGAGGAGAAGAAUGCUGACUGCAGAAAAGAUGUGUUCAAACUAUCUGGUUGUCCUGUGCCUCUCUUAUUUGCAGACAAUGCUCCACCAGCUUUGCCAGUUGACACAAAAGAUGCUCUGAGGAGUCGAGAUGCAGUUGCCAGGGAGCACGCAGCUGGCCAGCCAAAAUCGCCACUGAGGCUCAUAGCCAAUGCGAUCAAAAAGUCCAUUUUGGAGCCUCUAACCUCGUCUCCAGAAGGACUAAAGCAGGACUCAGACAGCAAAACCAAAGCCUCUUCAGAACAAGCUUUCUUCAGCUUCCCCAGUACUCCUAGCUAUUCCCUAAGCCAAACGAACAGUAACAAUAAUAGAGCAAAUAACGCUCAGCCACAGGAGCUUAAAGUAGGGGAGUGGGCAGGAGAAUAUUUAGGAAAUGGGAGCCUUCUCUCAAAUCCAUCUCAUUUUUCUGCUGGCUCUGAAGAGAGAUCUCCAAGGGAUUACAGCGAGGAGGUAUCCUUCCCAGUCUACAGUCCUCACACGAGGCCUUCCAAAAUGACCAGUAUACCUCAGAAAUCAUAUUGCACUAGGAUGGAGGAUGUCCCAGGACUCCUAGAAAAGUUUACCUUUAAAGAGACUCCUCCAGGGGCUCCCAUGGAUGGCGUAUUUAUCUGUAAUGAAAAGUGCCUCCUUCUGUCAUCUCCAGAGCCCAAGAACACCUCCAAGGACAAUCUGGAUGACUCUGCACAGAAAGGGAGUCUUGGGUCGCUCUUUGAUAGACUGAGAAGUAAAGUUCGUGACAGAGAAGGGAAUUCCUUCCUGUCAUCUCUGCCUUUCAUGAAGGACCAUUCUCCAGAAGACAGGCUACAUUAUCCUUCCACAGGAUGUGAACACCUACCUGUCAGAAAACAAGCUACCGAGUAUUCUACUUCUUCCUCCGAUGAUGAAUUUGAAUCCAAGCCUUCAUUAACACACAAGGCAAAAAGGACUCUCAGAAGGAGAAGGAAGCUGGAGAAGGAGACAAAGCAAUUGAUUAAACAAGAGGAGCUGAAGAGGCUUCACAAAGCACAGGCAGUCCAGCGCCAGCUAGAAGAAUUGGAGGAAAGACAAAGAGCUCUGGAGAUUUUUGGUGUCAAACUGGAGCGAGAACUAAGAGGAGAAUCAGAUUCAGGCACAAAGGAUGAAACUCAGAUGCUACAUGAAUGGUUUGAGCUGGUCCUGGAGAGGAAUAAAUUAAUGCGUUAUGAGUCUGAGCUCCUGAUUAUAGCCCAAGAGCUAGAAUUGGAGGACCACCAAAGCAGGUUGGAGCAAAAGCUGAGAGAGAAAAUGGCCAUUGAUGACAGCCUUAAAGAUGAGAUGGAUCUGAAUGAGGAGGAUGAAAUUUUUACUGAGAUGAUGAAAGUGGUUGAAGAAAGGGACAAACUUGUGUCUUCCUUAGAGGAGCAGAGAGUGAAAGAAAAAGCAGAAGACCAGCACUUUGAAAGCAUUAUAUUAUCUAGAGGCUAUCAGCUGAGCAGGAUUUAA